AUGGCAGCCGACGAGAUUCACAACACUGUGGCGGACAGCUUGUCUGCUGCACCUGCUGCUACCACCCCCUCAGACGAUUCAGCCGAUAAGAGGAAUGGGCACCAAGGCAAGCGGGGCGGCAGAGACCGAGGCAACGACAAGCAGAAGAAGCGCAAGCACGCAGGCUUCGGGAGCGCGAAAGGUGAGGUCCCCGACAAGCGCGAGCAAGUCCAGAACAACCGCAAUGCGAAGCGUCGCAGGGUCAUCGACGAUGAGAACAACGGCAAUAGCUACAUGAGCAUCGCGUUCACGCCCGAGGAGAUCGCGGCUGAGGAGCGCCGUCCGAAGCGGAAGGUUGCCGUGCUGAUUGGUUACGCGGGCACGGGCUACCACGGUAUACAGAUCAACCACAAGGAGAAGACGAUCGAGGGCGACAUCUUUGCCGCCUUUGUCGCAGCUGGUGCCAUCUCGAAGGCGAACGCCGAUGACCCCAAGAAGUCCAGCUUGGUGCGCUGCGCGAGGACAGACAAGGGCGUCCAUGCCGCCGGCAACGUCCUGUCGCUCAAGCUGAUUGUCGAGGAUGAGGACAUCGUCGACAAGAUCAACCAACACCUGCCCGAGCAGAUCAGGAUAUGGGGAAUACAACGCACCAGCAACGGUUUCAGCUGCUACCAGGCCUGCGACUCCCGGUGGUACGAGUACCUGAUGCCCAGCUACUCCCUCCUCCCGCCGCAACCACACAGCUUUCUGGGCAAGAAGCUCGCCGAGUCUGCCAAGGACAAGGGCGUGCAUGACCAAUAUAUCGAGCGUCUCGACGAUGUCAAGAACUUCUGGGACGGGGUUGAGAAGAACGACAUUCAGCCUAUUCUUGAAAGAUUAGAGCCCGAUGUCAGAGCCGAAGUCCUCCGAAAGCUCCACGAUACGCAAGAUCAGGAUCUUACCGACGAGGGGAACCCAACACAGCCCGACUCAGACGUGGUGGCUAAGGACUCUGAGAUGAAGGAUAUUGGAGAACCGCCUGAUGCACCGUCUGACAAGCCAGAAGAGCCGAAUCCCGCAGCAGAUGCGGCCAAAAAGGAGCUGACCCCGGUCGACCUCGCCCUCCGCGAGGUCAAAGCAGCCUAUGUGGCAGCCAAGCGACGGUACCGCGUCACCCCGGCGCGCAUCGAGAAGCUUCAGCAAGCCCUCAACCUGUACCUGGGCACGCACAACUACCACAACUACACCAUCAUGAAAUCCUACCGCGACCCGUCGGCCAAGCGGCACAUCAAAUCCUUCCAGGUCAGCCCGAACCCGAUCACAAUCCGCGACACGGAGUGGCUGUCGCUCAAGGUGCACGGGCAGUCCUUCAUGAUGCACCAGAUCCGCAAGAUGGUGGCCAUGGCCGUCAUGGUGGUGCGCUGCGGCGCGCCGCUCGAGAUUAUCACCGACAGCUACGGCCCGCGGCGCAUCAGCAUUCCCAAGGCGCCCGGACUGGGCCUGAUGCUGGAGCGGCCCAUGUUCACCGAGUACAACAAGAAGGCGGCCGGGCUCGGGAAAGAGGCCAUCGACUUCGCCAAGUGGGAGGCGCAGAUUGCCGAGUUCAAGGAUAAGCAGAUCUAUCGGAGGAUGUUUGAGCUGGAGGAGAAGGAGAAUUCAUUCCACCUCUUCUUCAACCAGGUUGACAACUUCAGGACUGACUACUUCCUCUGGGUGACUGCCGGCGGCGUGGAGGCGUCGCAUGAGCGGUCUGACAGGACAGAGAAGGUGCCCAAGGCGCUCGAGGCCGAGCUGGGCGACGAGCCGGAUGGUGUGGAGGAAGUUGGCACAUCGCGCGAAGAGUCCUAA